CUUCAUGGAAGUGCUAAGGUUAGGGGAUUCUCUCUUAUCUCUUCUUCGGCUCCAAGCCGACCAGUUUUCUUCCCUCAUUUCCUUGCACAUCAUUCCACCUGCAUUCCAUUUUAUUUUAAGGCUGUAAUUUAAUGGCUGAAACUGAUCAAGGAAUGAAAUCAAUCAACGUCAACUUCCAAUCCCUUCCUGUCACUAACCUGUUCUAAUUUUAAGAAUACAGCUCUUUGUUUCGGCGUGAACAAGUAAAGAAAUAUCAAGAACUCUGGUGAUCUUUGUUAUCAGAUUUUGGGUAAAUCAUGAGGUCAAAAACAAGGGAAGUAUCGGACGAUUAUUAUGUCAAGGACGUUCUUGGUGGAGGGGGAUUUUCAGUUGUGAGGAGAGGAAUUUGCAAGUCCAAUGGACGCAAAUCCCAGGUAGCUAUCAAAACUCUCAAGAGGUUCGGAAGUUUUGUGCAAAAACCAGAAAGUCUGAGGGAGGAGAGCAACACAGCCUCAAAAGAAACUAAAAAAGGGAAGACGAAUUUACCAGUUUCAGAUGCCUUGCUGAUUAAUGAGAUUACAGUUAUGAGGAAGAUAGUAGAAGAUGUGACACCCCAUCCAAAUGUGAUUGACCUCUAUGAUCUCUAUGAAGACCUAAAUGGUGUCCACCUUGUACUAGAGCUGUGCUCUGGGGGUGAGCUUUUCGAUCGAAUAGUGGAUCAAGAGAAGUAUUCAGAAGCAGAAGCUGCAGCAAUGGUUCGACAAAUUGCCAAUGGAUUAAGUGCCCUUCAUCGUGCCAAUAUCGUCCACCAUGACUUGAAGCCAGAAAACUGCCUUUUCUUGAACAAUAGUGAGAAUUCACCUUUGAAAAUUAUGGACUUUGGAGUGAGUUCUGUGGAGGAAUUCACUGAACCAAUAGUUGGGUUGUUUGGUUCAAUUGAUUAUGUUUCACCUGAGACCUUAUCUCAGGGAAAAGUAACAUGUGCAACUGAUAUGUGGUCUUUGGGAGUGAUUCUGUAUAUACUUCUCUCUGGUGAUCCACCUUUCCAAGCUACAUCAUUUCGGCAAAAACAGCAACUCAUAUUGGCUGGAGAUUUCAGCUUCAAAGACCCUACUUGGAAAACCAUUUCUCCAUCAGCAAAACAAUUGAUAUCCCGCCUUCUGACUGUUGAUCCUCAAAAAAGACCAACUGCUCAAGAGAUUCUUUUGCAUCCUUGGGUCAUAGGGGAUUCAGCAAAGCAGGAGCUCAUGGAUGCCGAAAUCGUUUCUCGAUUACAUUCUUUCAAUGGCCGACGUAAAUUUCGAGCAGCUGGGAUAGCGAGCCUGUUGAGUAGCACGGUAAUGUUGCGAACAAAGAGGCUAAGAAAUCUUUUAGAGUCUCAUUAUCUUACACCAGAGGAACUUGAGAAGUUGAGGAUGCAUUUCAAGAAUAUACGGAAAGAGUGUGUUAUCGCCACAUUAUCUGAGUUUGAAGAGGUGCUAAAAGCAAUGAAUAUGUCCUCACUGCUUCCUCUUGCUCGCCGUAUCUUUGACCUAUUUGACAAUAACCAAGAUGGGACCGUGGACAUGAGAGAGAUACUAUGUGGGUUCUCAACUCUUAGACAUUCACAAGGAGAUGAUGCUCUUCACCUUUGUUUUCAGAUGUAUGAUGCGGACAGGUCUGGAUCGAUCACCAAAGACGAAGUGGCAUCCAUGCUCAGGGCAUUGCCAGAGGACUGCCUUCCAGGAGAUAUCACAGAACCUGGCACACUAGAUGAGAUAUUUGAAAGAAUGGAUGCCAACACUGAUGGAAAGGUCACCUUUGAAGAGUUCAAAGCCGCCAUGAAGAGAGAUAGCUCCCUUCAAGAUGUAGUCCUCCACUCCCUGCGACCAACCUAAUUCUUCCUGUUAAUGGCAUCUUCCUUUCCAAUCCGUGAGGGAACAUCUUCAGACAAUAUGACCUGACAGGCCCAGAUAACGUAGUAAUCCCUUAUGAUUUUUGUCCAAUUAUUCAAUAUAGCAAACAGUUGAGAAAAUUCAAGUUGCAGACAAUUGGGAAACUGUGUGUAGUUCAAGUGGAAUCAAGUUUUAUCCAGGCAUUCUCAUU